CCUUCCUUCCCUCGCCCUCGUCCUCUGCCUGUGUCUCUCUGCCUCCACGGAGGGUAUUUUCCACCCAGCCAACCUCCUCCUCCUUUCUUUCACCCUCGGCACAGAGACAUCCGGGCACCGGCGAAGCACCACGGGAGCUGAUGCAGAUAUAUCGCCGCCCGCCUGAUUCCGGCUCCGGCUCCGGCUCCGGCUCCGGAUCGGCGGCGGCCGCGUCCGCGUCCGAUCGGCGACAGGGCGAAGGGAACAAAGUGCCGGGACCAGGACCGGGAACAAGACGAGGAUCGGGAACGGUGAACCCUGACCCCGCCCCACCCCCGUCCCCACCUCCCCGGACACCCCUCACCCUCACCCCCUCAAACCUCCCAGUACCUCCCGCUCCCCCUCCACUCCCGACACCGGGACCCGAAACAGAAAUUAAUUCCGUCCUGGAAAAUAAGGAAUGAGCGCGCCUGACCCCUGACCCCGGGACAGGAAGUGCGGCGCAGCAUGGCCGGCAGCGGGGCUGGAGCACUGGGCGGUGCUGAAUUGAUGUCAGCGGCACAGGCACUCUCUCUGCCGGCUGAUGCCUAUGGGAAUGAUGCCAACGUUGAAAUGAUGUGGGCGAUGAAGGCCUAUCAACAUGCUGAGAUCUACUUCAAUCUCAUUUCUUCAGUUGACCCACGAUACCUUAGACUGACUAAAGAAGAUGAUCUGAUCUACACAGAAUUCAGAAAGCGAUUUAAUGACAUGAAGGUCGAUGUCCUUGAUCCAGAUGAACUGAAGUCUGAGUCUGCCAAACUGGCCUGGCGUCCAUUCUGCAUGCAGUUUGAGGGGCUGGUUGAAGACUACAACUUUGGGACACUCCUACGGUUGGACUGCUCCAAGGAUUAUGUGGAGGAAAACACCAUAUUUGCUACCAGGAUUCAGUUCUUUGCGAUAGAAACUGCCCGCAACAGAGAAGGAUACAACACACAACUGUUUGAAAGAUCUGCAAAAUCAAAAGGAAUCAGAGGUGCUGAAGAAAAGAAUUCAAACUGUACAAAGCUGAUGGGAGACAGAGACCCAAUGGCUACAUAACACAUUCGUCAUACACGGAAUUAAACCACAGAGGAACAUGGAAUUCUUCAGCAGCUGGGGCAGUACUGUGGUCACGGUAAUGCCAGACUCAAGACCGAGCUGUGUGAAGAACAAUGGUCUUUAAAAAUUGAGAGAGCUCAUCUAUAAUUGAUGACUUUUAUCUGCUUCUGACUGCUGGUGUUGGGAGAGGAAGAGAACAUCAUUGCGACCUCGACACCUUGAAGCUCAGUGCAUUCAGUGACCGUCAGGAUACAGACAGAUUACACUCAGUACAAACCACUGAAGUUUUAUUUGCAGCCACAAUUCUUACACUAGAUGCAGCAAACAUUCGUACAUACCAACCAGUUACCUGAUCACGCAACAAUUUGGAAAUGUGUUUAGUCAGAACAAUAAAAAUAUAGAAUCCAUUGGUUUUCUUUUGCUCUGUGGAUAUAAAUGAGCUGUGCUCAAUCCAACAUUAGCAGCAACAUCUGCGUCACCUCUCCCCGGAGCUUGAACAACUAGAACCUCAAACACAAAUCCCAAUUUAACUGGGGAAUGACUACAAUUUGAUUAGUGUGCACUCUAGUUACUGGGUCGUGUUCUUCUCCAUUUGGAGUUAGAUUAUAGAGCUUUAUAUCAAACUGAACACCCACACACACACUGCCCCACUCAUCCAACUCACAUCCUCCUCCCAAUUCAAAAAAUUUCAAUCACAACUCUUCAGCUUUCUCUAUUUUUUAACUGAUUGAUUUCAUAUAAACAGUUCAAAAUGUCUUAAGAAAAAAAUGUACAAGUUUAUACAAGGCAGAUGCGGGGCGGGGACACAAUGACACUCCCUGCCAGGAUGAUAUGGGCUGGGGGUUUGGGGUUGUGACAAGUCCAAUGGUCAGUGGGUGGAUGAGCCGUAGGAACUCACCUAUCUGACAA